CAGGGGUGAAAAAUAAAUUUUACCCUCUUAAGUAAACCCAAAUUCGUAAAUAAUUCAAACUUUCUUUACUGGGGAAUACCGAAUACGAAUCCCCCUCCUCCUAUGAGAAAGAUUACAUACACAAAAGAACGAAGUUAUGUAAUCUUUCUAUAAAUGCUCUCUCUCUCUCUCUCUCUCUAGGAUUGUAUGUGUAUGUAUACAAAGGGGGAAAAAAAUUAAAACCUAGAAAUUCCUGUUUGAUUUUUUUUUUUUCUCUCACUAAUGGUAAUUGAGAAUGGCGGGUCGAGACGGCGGCUGCGUGGUGCCGGUGGAUACUCCGACCGCCGUUGCCGGGUUCAAGAAAAAGGGCGCCGGGUCGAGAAGCUGGAUUCUGAUGGACUCCUCCGGCCAGGAAAACCUCAUGGAUGUCGAUAAACACGCGAUCAUGCAGCGCGUGCAAAUCCACGCCCGCGAUCUCCGCAUCCUCGACCCCCUCUUGUCUUACCCCUCCACCAUCCUCGGCCGCGAGAGAGCCAUUGUUCUCAAUUUAGAGCAUAUCAAAGCUAUCAUUACAGCAGACGAGGUAUUGCUUCGUGAUCCGUUGGACGAUAAUGUUGUCCCUAUAGUGGAGGACCUUCGAAGGCGUCUAAAACCAGAAAAUCUGAGUCGAGAAGAAAAUAGAUACGGCAAUUUGGCUGCUCACAAUGAUAUGGAAACUGCAGAAGAAGAUGACUCUCCAUUUGAGUUUCGAGCUCUCGAGGUAGCACUGGAAGCGAUUUGUAGUUAUCUGAAUGCCCGCACAAUAGAACUGGAGACAGCUGUUUAUCCAGCUCUCGAUAUGCUUACGUCAAAGAUUAGUAGCCGUAAUUUAGACCGAGUGCGUAAGCUAAAGAGUCAAAUGACAAGGUUGACUGGUCGCGUACAAAAGGUGAGAGAUGAGCUAGAGCAGCUAUUGGACGAUGAUGAUGACAUGGCGGAUCUUUACUUGUCGAGAAAGUUAUCCGGUGCGUCUCCUUUGAGCGAAGCGGGUGCUGCUAGUUGGUUCCUUAUGUCACCUACUAUAGGCUCCAAAAUAUCGAGGGCUAGUAGGGAGGUAGCUACUGUUUGUGGAGAUGAAAAUGAUGUUGAGGAACUCGAAAUGCUUCUCGAGGCAUAUUUUAUGCAAAUUGAUGGCCCACUAAACAAAUUGACCCCGGUACGUAAAAAUAUAAUUUUUUCGAAAAAAUAUUUGAGUUUCAGCAUAUCGUUUUUAUUUAAUAGAACAGAAGAUUAUAUCAAUAUCCAGCUUGACAAUCACCGAAAUCAGCUGAUUCAGUUAGAGCUCUUGCUCAGCUCUGGAACUGUGUGUUUAUCUGUUUAUUCUUUGGUGGCUGGAAUAUUCGGUAUGAACAUUCCGUAUACGUGGAACGAUGACCACGGAUACGUAUUUAAAUGGGUGGUUGUCCUCACGGGGAUUAUCUGUGCAGUACUUUUUGUACUUAUAAUUUCUUACGCCCGUCACAAAGGUCUCGUUGGAUCUUGAUUUAAUCGUCGCCCUUCGUCUAAUGAAAGGUGAAGAUGGAACUGAAUUUUAUGAAUUGAUCAAGAGAAAAUAUGCUAUUCUUGAAUCUUGAUUAACAAGAACUUAACUUGUUUGUAUAUGUAGAUAUAUAUAUACAUGGCUCAAUAUUGUUACUUUUGUUUGUUUUUUUUAACUGGAAUUUCAUGAUUU